GAUCCGCGGUCUUCGAACCUUCAUCUCGGUCGCGCUACGCCCUCCCGCAGGCUCGGCCCCGUCCCUCCCGGACUCCACUUCAGCUCACACCCGGCCCUCGGGGAGAGCAGCCGCAGGGCCCGCGAGCGCCUUCGCCGAGGCGGGGGCAGGGGGCGGUGACCGUCUCCCGACCUUCCGCCUGGUCGCCUCCAUUAGCCUCUUUGUGAGCCGGGAAAACGAAGCUGCUCCGAGAAGUUCACGAACUCCAGCGCCCCAAGGUGGGUCUUCUGGUGCACAUCAUGUCCAGUUUCGAUGAUGCAGACACAGAAGAGACGGUAACUUGUCUCCAUAUGACUGUUUACCAUCCUGCUCAGUUGCGAAAUGGAAUAUUUCAAUCAAUAAAGUUUUGUAACCGAGAAAAACUCUCCUCCAGCGAAGUAGUGAAAUUUGGCCGAAAUUCCACCUGUCAUUAUACUUUUCAGGACAAACAGGUUUCCCGAGUUCAGUUUUCUCUGCAGCUGUUUAAGAAGUUUGGCAGCUCAGUUCUCUCUUUUGAAAUUAAAAAUAUGAGUAAGAAGACCAGUCUGAUUGUGGACAGUAGAGAGCUGGGCUACCUAAAUAAAAUGGACCUGCCAUACAAGUGCAUAGUGAGAUUUGGUGAGUAUCAGUUCCUGAUGGAGAAAGAAGAUGGAGAGUCAUUGGAAUUUUUUGAGACUCAAUUUAUUUUGUCUCCAAGAUCACUCUUGGAAGAAAACAACUGGCCACCACAUAAGCCCAUACCUGAGUAUGGCAGUUAUUCAUACUGUUCCACACAAAACACUUCUCCUAUAGAAAUGGAUGAAAAUGAAUUGUGAACACAGAGGUCUAAGAGGAGAAACAUGAAGGAUGAAGAGCUUUGGAAACAUUUAAUAAACACUACUUAUUAAGGGUUUAUUAGUGUAGUAUAUUACAGUCAUCUGCUAUGCUGUCAGAUUUGGGAUUUGGUAUCAUUUUGAAGUCUGUAAAUUAUGUUAGUCAUCAACUUAGUCACCUAUUGUAUUCCUGGGUCUAUUUAGAAUUAUUUUAAGUGUACUUCUGUGAGUGUUAAUGUAUAAAAGAUAUCCUUUGUGAUGAAAUAAUGUUCUCAAAAUAACCUUAUUAUUUUUCUGCUUGAUUUUCAUCCUAUGUUUUGUUUUCCUAAGGAACCAUCUCUUGGUUUGGUCACAUCGUUUCAAAGCAGCCAUUUGUUUUUAAGGUCAAGGUUCAAGGCAAAAUGUUACUGGCAAUUGUGGCCUGCUAGUACUUGUAGUACCAGAUUACUGGAAUGCAUUCUAGAGUUGUGUUUGUGCAUCACUGUGGUUUUAACAUGGACUUGAGAAAUAAUAACCUUUACUUGCUAUAAAAUCAUAGUGUUUAUUCCUAAGAUGACAGUUCUCCUUGUCUAUAUUCAGCAUCUAAAACCAGCAUUUAAACAU